AUGCAGCGAGAUCCAGCUUCUCCGGCCUCUCAUGCCUCCGCCUCCGCCCAAGCCGACUACAGCCUCUCUCCUCCUUCGCUUUGGCAGGAUGGUCGAAAACGGAAGAAUGCCCCGCCUGGCUCGCGCAGCGUCGAUACACUCACCCCCGAGCAGCUCGCCAAAAAGCGUGCCAACGACCGCGAAGCCCAACGUGCCAUCAGAGAGCGCACCAAGCAGACGAUUGAGAGUCUGGAACGGAGGAUCCAGGAGUUGACGUCGCACCAACCAUAUCAAGAGCUUGAAGCCGUCAUCAGACAGAAGGAUGCUAUCCAGGCAGAGAAUGAGGAGAUUCGGCGGAGGCUGGCCUCUGUCAUGUCCAUCAUUCAACCCAUUGUCGGAGCCCAGGGAUUGACCGAUCUUGCCAGCGCUGCGCAGCACAAUGUCCAAGCCGGACUAAGUCAAGCGAAUCCUCUCCUCAAACCUCCCUUUCCUCCACACAACGGCUCGCCAGCCGAUCCCACCACCUUCCACGGUCAGCGCAAUGGACUUCUGUCACAAGGCCAUUCAGAAAUGUCAGCGCACCCUGCCCAGUUUGAAGGCGAAGAAAUCGAUGACAACAGGUCUUCGCUGACAUCGAGAGAUGCACUAAGCAACCAACGAGACAACCUUCAACGGAACCUCGAAUUGAACGACGGCGGGGAACGCGUCAAUUUGGGAUUUCUCCUCGAUCUUUUGGGACAACGAAUAGGCGAUGCACGGUCUCAAUCCCAACUUCAGCCUCGAAGUCGUCGCCAACAGUCGCAGCAACACACCUCGCCUUUCAACCUCAACUCCCCCUACCCGGCCCUCUCCCCGACCAUGCCCGAUCAACUCCAACUCCCCACCGCAUCCUGGAGUGUCCUCCCCAAAAACAGCCCGCCCACAUGCCCUCUCGACAGCUUACUGCUCAAAUUCCUACAAUCUCGGCAGCGCGAACCUGUGGGCGGCGCCAAUGCGCUUCCCACCACCCCGUCCUAUCCUUCCGUUUCGUCUCUUCUAAACCCCAGCGCGCCUCGUCGGUCGAUAGACGAGUUAUCCCAACUGAUGACGGACAUCAUCUCGAAAUUCCCCAACAUCUCCGAACUGCCAGACCAAGUGGCGACGUUGUUCAUCAUGUUCACCCAGAUGCGCUGGCAAAUCCAUCCGACCAAGGAGAACUACGAGCGGGUGCCCGAGUGGUUCCGGCCGACACCGGCGCAGAUAUUCCACGCUCAUCCGGCGUGGAUGGACCACAUCCCGUGGCCGCGGAUGCGAGACAGGGUCGUGGCGAACCCCCAGGAUUAUCCGUUUGACAACUGGUUUUACGCCUUUACAUCAGGCCUUUCCGUCAACUGGCCAUACGACCCGGUGGAUUGUCUGCUCAGUACAUCCGAGAAAGAAGAACCAGUCAUCAAUCCCGUCUUUGAGAGCCACAUCCGGCGCCUUGAGAACUGGAGUCUGGGACCGCUGUUUGCCGAGACCUUUCCUCAGCUGGCGGAUACGGCGAGAAUGAAGGCGAGAGAGCCAGGGCCAGUUUGA